ACGGAGAAGCAUCCUCCUUCCUUUGGUGGUUCAAGUAACAUUAUACCGAAGAGGAACAAGUACACGGCAAGAAGAUGAUGAAGCUCUUGGUGUUGGCCCUCACGGGCUUCUGUCUGACCCAGGCAAUGGUAAUGGAAACUCAUACUGCUGACAUGGACUUCCUCCACAAGCAGAAGAAAAUCUACGACCUUUUCAUGUACAUUGACCAAAGCGAUUUUCACGGAAGCGAAUGGUACGAAACUGGACGCAACUACGACAUCGCCCAACACAUGGAAGAUUACAAUGACAAGAUGUACGUCCGGGAAUUCAUGUACAGAUUCAAGUUGGGCAUGCUCAAACGUGGAGCCCUCUUCUCAGUCUACUACAAGGAACACCGUGAAGAACUUCGCAUCCUGUUCAAACUCUUCUACACCGCCAAGGACUUUGCAACCUUCUACAAGACUGCUAGCUGGGCUCGUCACUACAUGAACGGUGGAAUGUUCGUAAUGGCACUCACCACCGCUGUCAUGUACCGUCCCGACUGCAAAUACAUCGUAUUGCCACCAAUGUACGAAGUCUACCCACACCUCUUCUUCGACAACGAAUUCAUCCAAGAGGCUCACUACUACUACAUGAGCUUUGGCGCCAAGAAACCAAUGAGUGAAGGUUACUUCAGCGACUACUUCAUGAUUGACAAAAAUACCACCAACCAAUUCAUGAAAUACUACAUGGACAAAGAAUACGAGCUGUCAUACUUCACCGAUGAUGUUGGUCUCAACAACUACUACUACUACGUCCGUAACGUCUUCCCAUUCUGGAUGAUGCUCAAUGACAUAGAAAUGCCAAAACACUUCCGCGGAGAAUUCUACUACUACGUCCACCAGCAAUUGAUGGCCCGCUACUACCUCGAACGUCUGAGCCAAGGCUUCGGUGAGAUCGAAGACUUCAGCUUCUACAAAUCAUUCGCACCUGGAUUCUACUCAAACCUCGUAUACGGAAACGGUGUUGCCUUACCAAGCCGCGACCGCUACAGCGAAGUACCAUACUACAAAUACAAAUACAUCAACGAAAUUGACAACAUGGAAUCCCGCAUUUUGGAAGCAAUUGACAGUGGAUACAUCUAUGACUACGAAGGCAAGAAAUACGAACUCUACAGCACUGAAGGUAUGAACUGGCUCGGUAACCUCAUUGAAGGCAACUACGACUCACCCAACAUCAAAUUCUACGGUGCCAUCGACGCACUCUACCGCGACAUCUUUGGAUUCAACUACGACUGCAAGCACAAGAACUGCUUCGUACCCAGCGCUCUCCAGAUCUACAGCACCAGUCUCCGUGACCCAGCUUUCUACAGACUGUACAAGAGAAUCAUGGGCUACUUCCUAAGAUACAAAACCCAAAUUCCAGCUUACACCCGCUCAGAACUCGAGUUCCCAGGCAUCAAGAUUGAAGACGUCAAGGUUGACAAACUCGUUACAUUCAUGGAGCCAUACGAAUACUUCAUCAACAACGCCGUCACUGUUGGAAGCUACAAGGAAGGCAUGAGUUUCAGCAUGAAGGCCAAGAAAUACCGUCUCAACUACAAACCAUUCACUUACCACAUCAACGUUAUGAGUGACAAGAACACCAAGGGUAUGGUACGCAUCUUCUUGGGACCAUCCAUGGAUGACUACUACUUCAAGGAACAGAACUACAUGUACUACGACUGGUACAACUUCGUUGAGCUCGACAAAUUCAUGUUUGAAUUCAAGUCUGGUAUGAACAUGAUUGAACGCCACAGCACUGACUCAAUCUACACAGCCAAGGACUUCAUGGGAACCGACAUGUUCUACAAGAAAAUGUUCAAGUCCAUGGAAGGCAGCGAACCAUUCACUUACCAAAGCAAGGUCUACGGAUUCCCCGACAACUUAUACUUGCCAAUGGGUAAAGUUGGUGGUAUGCCAUUCAAAUUGUACGUCUUCAUCUACCCAUUCGAAGAGAGCAAGGCCACCUACUUCGACUUACCAAUGUUCGGUAAAAUGUUGUACGAUGGCAAACCAUUCGGCUUCCCAUUAGACAGACCCAUGUACCCAUACUUCUUCGAUCUCAGCAACAUGUACUUCAAGGACGUGUACAUCCACUACGACAAAGAGUACAGCGACUACCACUUCAAACCUUACUUCCAUGAAGACAUGUACUCAAAGCACAUGGACUACAUGAAGUACUCUGGCAACUACAAAAGUAUGGAGAUGCCAUACUCCUUCAAAGAAUACCCAGAAGGUCACGAAUACAAAAGUUUUGAGCACAAGGGUUUCAUGCCCAAGAGCUUCGAGCACCACAAAGGUUUUGAACACUACAAAGAUUUCGAACACAUGGAAAAACCAUACUACUUCAUGGAACACGGAAAACCCAAAUACGAAUAUUCGGCAAACUGUUGCUCUGAGGUAUUCGCAAUGUUCAAAAAUUUUGUGGUUUUCGCCACAGCCUGUGUCUGCUUAGCAGCAGCACACAAGCAGGUGGAUGUCCACACUGCCGACAAGACUUUUUUGACAAAACAAAAAGAAAUUUGGAGCCUUUUUUGGCACAUUGAUCAACCAACAACUGUCAACUCAGAGCUCUAUCAAGUAGCCCGUUCAUUCAGCAUUGAAGAUCAUGUCGACGCUUACACCAACGCGAGCUACGUUCAUCACUUCAUGGAUCUCUACAAACAUGGAUUGAUUCACCGCGAUGCCGUAUUCUCAAUGUUCCACCCAGAACAUUACCACGAAGCUGUUGCUCUUUUCAAACUUUUCUUCCAUGCCAAAGACUGGGAAACUUUCUACAACACAGCAGUAUGGGCACGUUUCAACGUAAACCCCAAAUUAUUUGGUUACGUUUUAGCUGUUGCUGUAAUUCAUCGCCCAGAUACUAAAUACAUGACUCUACCACCAUUAUACGAAUUAAUGCCACACUACUUCUUCAACAACGAGGUGAUGCAAGCAGCUUACCAUGUUAAAAUGGGGGAUGCCAGCGUUAAGAAAGCUAUUGGCGUUAAAUACCACGAAGGAAGCGAUGUCGUAAUCCACUCAAACUACAGUGGAUGGUACAUGAUCCACGAUGAUGCUGAAGAGGAAUUGAAUUACUUCACUGAAGACAUUGGUCUUAAUUCUUACUACUUCUACUUCAUUCAUGAGUUCCCGCACUUCAUGAGCAGCGAGCACUCCCAUAUGCUGAAAGAAAUCCGUGGAGAAGUUUACUUCUUUGGACACAAACAAUUAUUGGCCCGUUACUACCUCGAGCGUUUGUCUCAUGAUAUGGGUGAAAUUGAAUCAAUUGACUGGCAUGAGCCGAUCGUUACUGGUUACUACCCAACAAUGAAUCAUCCAAAUGGUCUUCCAUUCCCCCAUCGUCAUUCAUGGACCCACGUUCCUCAUCACAAAUUUGAUUUAGUCCACGAUGCUGAACAAAUGGAAACUCGCAUUCUCGGAGCCAUUGACUCUGGAGUAUUCUAUGAUGCCAGUCACCCACCAAAGGGUGUCAAAGUUUACACUCCAGAAGGUUUUAACACUCUUGGAAACUUGAUUCAAGGUAACGCUGAUUCAAUCCACAGCAAAUUCUACGGCAGUAUCGACCAUAUCUACAGACAGAUUCUUGGUUUCGGAUUGAAGCCAAUUGACAAAAACCACUUGGUUCCAAGCGCCCUGGAAUACUCGAUCACCAGCAUGAGAGACCCGGCAUUCUACCGAAUGUACAAAAAAAUAGUAAACUAUUUCCUGAAAUUCAAAGAACACUUGCCCCAAUACACUCAUGAAGAAUUAGCAUUCCCCGGUGUUAAAAUUGAGUCAGUAGCUGUUGACAAGCUUCUUACAUUCUUCGAGCACUACGACUCUAUUAUCAGCAAUGGUAUGCCCGUAUCCUCACAAAAGGAUGCUGAAACAACGGUUAUCAAGGUUCGCCAGCACCGUUUGAAUCACAAACCAUUCACUUCCCACAUCACUGUCAGCAGUGACAAAAAUGUUAAGGCCGUCAUCCGCAUGUUCUACGGACCUAAGUACGACGUACAUGGUCACGAAAUUGACUUCGUUGACAACUGGGUUAACUUUAUUGAACUUGACCAAUGGGUUGUUGAUCUUAAAUCUGGUAUCAACAAAAUUGAACGCAGCAGCCACGAAUCUAUUUACGUUAUUCCUGACGAAGUAAACAGCGCAACAUACUGGAAACAUAUGAUUAAAUCUAUGGAAUCUGACGAACCAAUGACUUACAGCUCUCAACUUUACGGUUUCCCAGACCGUCUAGUUUUACCUAAAGGUAAAAAAGAUGGCUUCCCAAUUAAAAUGUUCGUUUUCGUAAGCGAAUACGACGAGAGCCACGCUUUCAAACACGAGUCUCCGAUCUGGGGCAACAUGAUGACUGAUGGAAAACCCUUGUCAUACCCUCUGGACAGACCUGUUGUGCCUUACGAAUUUGAUGUACCUAAUGCACAUUUCAAGGAUGUCGUUGUCUACCACAAACACGUCGAAGAGCUUAAUCUUACUAUUUAAUUCCAAAUAAUUAUUAUUGAUUCAUACAUAAAGAUUGUUCAUUUUUUAGUUUAUUAAGAUGAUUGGUUUGAAUUGUAUUGAUGAUUUAAUGAUAUUUUAAAACACAAAUAAAAUUAACAUUCAAUUGGAAAAAAG